GAUCGCUGCUCUUAGCAGACAGUUCUCCGCAAAUGCUGUCGACUGCGUUUUGAUAAUGGUGCAUAACUGUGUCAAAUUACCAUAAAGCAGCAAAACGUCCACACCUGAAAUCUGGAACAGUCACUUUUGUCUGGAAAUUAUUGUUUGACUUUUUGACUAAAAUGAUGUUCAUUCAGAUGCGUUGGAUUUUGUUUAUGUUGGCAUGGACAAGCCUAAAUGCAUCUGACCUAAGACCUCAUAUAAACAAACGUAUGAGUGAAUCAGUGCACCAAGCACUUAGGCACAACACAGGUAAGCAGUUAUACUUGAGAAGUGGUGUCCCACAGUCAGCCGGAGAUGCUGCGACUUUUCCCAGCUCCGGUAACAUGCCGAGACUCAGGGCCAUCCAAGCCGAUCAGGUCCCGGACUCCCCAAGGGGUCUUACCAGAAGAGUUCCGCGGCCCAGAAGACCAGUCCAGUCCAAAAAACCCAUCCAGACCAGCCACGUUGCGGCUCCAGAACUGAUUCCGCCCCGCCCAGCGGCUCUGGCACCAGUCCUGGCCCAAGCGUCCCACAGCAGCGUCAGCUCCAUCAACGUUCUGGCGAGCUUUGCGGGUCGGAACCGCGUGCUGGUCAUCUCAGCUCCGCACGAAUCCGAUGGCUAUUACCGUCUAAUGAUGAGCCUGCUCAAACCUGACAUCUACUGCGAGAUGGCCGAGAGACACGUACAGGUGAUAGUGAUGUUCCACCAGCAAGGGGAGAUGGGAGGUCAGGUGAGGAAGGUCAGCAACCAGGGCACCAUCACCGUGGAACCCCUGGACCCAGGUCUGGUGCCCCGGCUGAUGGGCUUCCUUAAGUUCGAAGAAGGUAAAUUUGGCAUGGUGCUGUUGCGGAAGACUCUCCAGGUGGAGGAGAGGUAUCCGUACCCAGUGCGUCUGGAGGCGGUGUAUGAGACAGUGGACAGGACCCCCAUGCGGAGGGUGGAGAAAGCCAGGCAAAAGGGCUUUGUACAAAGGUGCAAGGCCGCUGGCCUGGAAGGUCAGGUGGUACAGUCUGGAGGGAUGGGUACAGCUGGUUUUCACCCCCAGGUGCAUGACAAGACAGCAGGUGGGAAUGAAGGAGAGGAAGGUACCCUGCAACCCACCCAGAGAAUCCGACAACAGACAGCUACCUCCAGAACAACCACAGAAAGGACAACCACCGCAAGAGCCACUAAGCCUACGACCGCCAAACCUGCAACCACAACCACAUCUACAACAAAGCCAUCUCAACCUACUACGACAAGAACCACCACUUUUCUCCCAACAACCACCACUGCCGCCAACACCACUACUGUGAUCCUGCCAAUGACUGACAAACACGGUGACCUGCAAACACAGCCUUACUGGAACCCAGCGGCUCUGACCACGGCUGAGCCCCAUCGCCAACCAUCCACCCGAAUUCGUCAGAACGACCACCCCAACACAGUCACCUACCCCUCCACUACCUUCGAGUACACCACCUACGACAGACACAAACACCCCAUCCAAACGGAUGCGUCUCCGUUUGGCGCUGAAACAACACAAGGUUACAGACGGAAACCGGGGAAGGACAGACAGUCCAAGCUGAAGAAUGCGGAGCGGCAAUCGAGUAAUGAGCCCGUCGGGGAGGAUGAGGCAGGAGAAACGGGUAAGGCCGUUCCGAUCGCCAAGACGGGAAAAAUCAAACCUGAGAAAGGCGAGAAGAAAAAAAACCCAGAUAGGCCCGACAAACCUUCGAUGAGAACCAAAGCAGAGAAAAAGGCGACAAAGGCCUCCAAGGAUGCGGACGCCAGCCCUCAUGGCAAAAACGUGGAAAAGAAAGGGAUGAGUUUUGAGGGGAAAGACGCUGCUGAAAAAUCCACGGAAAAACAGCUAGAUCCCAAGAAACUGUUGGACACCUUUCUUGCUUAUUUUGAGAGAAGAAGACGGCUUAUUGUCAUCACCGCUCCAAACGAGCGGGAGCGUAUGUACGUGCAGCAGAGGGAUGAGUAUCUGGAGCAGGUGUGUGACAUGGCUCUCCGUAAAAUCUCCAUCAUCACCGUGUUUGGCCCGACGGGAAACAGCACCAUGAGGAUCGACCAUUACCAAAUGGAGCACGAUAAGCCAAUGCGUGGGCUGCCAGACAGCGACCUCAUCAACCAGGACCUCAUCACGGCGUUCCGGAAAGGGCUUGGAAUGACGCACAAUGAAUUUUACAUGGUGCUGACCGACUUCAGCAUCAAAGUGAAGCAACAGUACGAGGUGCCGAUCAUCAUGAAGGCAGUGUUUGACUACAUCGACACAUUCCCCACCCGCAUUAAAGAGAUGGAACAGCAGCGGAAACAAGGAGUCCUGUGCAAAAAGGAGGACAAAUCCAGAUCUUUGGAGAACUUCCUGUCCAGGUUCCGCUGGAGGCGGAGACUGUUUGUAAUCUCCACCCCCAAUGAUGAGGAAUGGGCCUAUCAGCAGCAGUUAUAUGCCAUGAACAGUCAGGCUUGCAAUCUGGGCCUUCGGCACAUAUCUGUUAUGAAGCUGAUGGGCAAAAACUUUGAAGACAUGGGCGGAGUCCUGGAGCUGUACCCAAUCAACGGCACCGCUACUGUGGAGAGACAGCACCUCUCCGCCUCUCUGGUGAGGGACAUCAGGAACUACUUCCAGAUCAGUCCGGAAUACUUCUCCAUGCUCCUGGUCGGGAAGGACGGGAACGUGAAGUCGUGGUAUCCGUCUCCCAUGUGGUCCAUGUCCACCAUCUACGACCUCAUCGACUCCAUGCAGCUCCGCAGGCAGGAGAUGGCCAUCCAGCUGUCUCUGGGCAUGCGCUGCCCAGAAGACGAGUACGGUUCCCAUGACGGUUACCACGACGGCUAUCACCGUGGUUACGGUUACUAAGAGCACGGGGCUUCCCUUUUAACAACGGGUGAUUAUAUUUAAAGUCCUUUGGCUUGGCUUCUGCCAAGUGAUCCCAAGAAACGAAAGGAGGAAAAGGAAGAGAUUAGACGGAGUUUUUGCCAAGGAAAGGGCUUGGAUAAAUUUAGCUCCAUAGUCAUGUGAUCCGUGUGUGUUUUUCUCUUCUACACUGAGGGGUUGGAGAUGAAAGGCAAAAUGUUUUGGAUUUUAUCAUAAACGUUUUUUUUUUUACAAUAUGUCUGUUUGAAGUAGAUUCAUACUCAGUCAUAUGAUGAGUAAGAUUUUUAAUUUGGUUUUCGUUGUUGCUGUUUUGUUUUGUUUUUUUUAGUUUCUUGCUACUUUGAUACCAAACAACAUCUUGUGUUUUUGUUUUCCUUGUUUACGUUUUGAUUAUUGAA